GAAGGGAAGAGGAGAUAAAAGGGCAGGUGGAGGUGAGGGGCGGUCUGAGAGCUAGAGUCGCACAGCAUUCGCUCCCUUCCCCGGUCCCCGCAGUCCCCUCUCCCCGAGGUUGGGCGUCGGACAUCCCUUGCAGCGCUUGUUUCGCGGCCCGUGCGUCCGGAGCCAUGGGCGCUGUCAUAUCUGCCCUCCUGGUGGGAGGAGGUCUGGCCGGUGCGCUCUUCGUCUGGCUUCUGCGGGGGCAUUCCGGGGACCAGGACGCGGGGACCGAGGAGGAGCGAAAGUUGUCGCCUGAAGAGGUGGCCGCAGCAGCCCUGAAAAGGGACGGAGGGAACGGAGGAGGAGAUGGCGGGGACCCCUUUUGCCCCAAACACGAGCAGGUGACCCAACUCGGCGAGCAGAGGGAGGACCGGAAUGUCAAGAAAGCAGCCGGAGAGCAUCAUCAGGAAAGUAAUGGAUGUUUGGUGUCUGAGUCCAAGAGCAGUGACCUUGAAGGUCCAACAUGGAAAACGCAGAAUAGUUCUACUCAAGACUUUGACUGUCUGAGAUCAGGAGAGCAGCCCUUUUCCACUCAGCUGCUAGGGACAGAAUCUCUGACUCUCUCGGGACUUACUAACUCUGUGAAUUACUUGGAAGUCUUAAGUAGGGAAAGUCCAGAAUCUUCUCAUCCAUCAGAUCCUCUCAAAGGACAGGAGACAGCUGUGUGCUCUACAGGGAAGUUCCCUUCUGACAAACAUGAAGAAGAAUUGAAAACUCUACAGAUGGAAGGUCCAGAUUUGGUUGAUCAUGAGGACUGGGAAAUGGUACCCAAGCACUCAGUAUGGAGAGAUGCUAGUAAGGGCAAAAGUUCUGAGCCUUCUCAUGCUGGUGUAUCGGUGUUUGAAUGCCGGACCUCGAGCCCAAAUCAGGGACUGGACUAUGGAAGAGACUCCAAGGAUGCCCAAGGUCAAGAAGUUCAUUUGAAAACAAAGAGAGUGGCAGCAGUGUCCCCAUUGUCUCAGCAAGUCAGCGUCCAGUUCCAGGUUCAUUACAUCACCACGUCAGAUGCGGCGGUGGUGGCGGUCACUGGAGACCAUGAGAGCCUUGGCAGCUGGCACAAUUACAUCCCACUCCAGUGUGGAAAGGAUUGGUUCUGGUCCAGAUCUGUCCCUUUGCCAAUGGAUAUGGCACUGAAGUGGAAAUUUGUGAUAGUAGAGAAUGGGAGCAUUGUCCGUUGGGAAGAAUGUAGUAAUCGAUUCUUAGAGACUGGGAAUGAAGAUAUGGUCGUUCAUAAAUGGUGGGGCUGUCACUGACUGGUUUGGGGAGCAUCCAAAUAACUUGGGACUAUUGUGCUUUUUAUAUCUAUAUCUAUAUCUAUAUAUCUAUAUAUAGAUAUAUAGAUAUAGAUAUAUAUUACUAUAGUUUUAUUCCACAGAAACAAGAACUCCAGUGUUAUCUUCAGUAGCUCUUUUAGCCUAUGAAGUUCAUCCAGAGUUAUUGACUGCAUUUUUGUGAAGUUGCUGCUGCUGAGAGUGCCCCCUCCUUUCUCUCCCCCAGCUCCAUGGAGCUUUGUAGCAUCCCAUCCAUUGAUGCCUUCGUGCUGGUCCAUUUCCACUUCAUUGCCCAGUUGCUUGGGAGCAAGGUGCUGAGUGGGUCAUAGUGGGAAGCAAGGUUCAAACCUGUGGGGGACCAGCAUCUCCUUCAAAGGUCACCUAAUUCUUAGCUAGUUUAGUGAAUAAUGAGGACAUUGUUUGGACUGUUUUGAGAAUAGAGGAAUAAUGUUGUUGCCUUUCCUUAUAUCUCAAGUGCCUGCUACAAUUGCCUGUUGAUUUAAUGUAACGAAAGGGUCUUUGCCUUGUAGAUGUCAUUAGCUAAGACAUGAAUUAAUAUUUUAUGUAGGGCCUAGGCCAACAUUUUGAGCAUUGUUUUUGUUUGUUGGUGUGUUCUUAGAGGGAGAAUGUGUAUUUUUAGCUUGGUUCUCUCAGUGACUGACAAGGUCAUGGUAACUCCCCCAGUUGUACUUCCUCUGGGAAUGGGGAUGAAAGUGGGAAUAGAUUCAGGAAUUGCGAUGAUACCACAUGGAUUCAACCCUAAAGCAUAAACUUCUGGGUGCCCCAUCUGGAACAAAGAAAUUUCUGUAACAUCCAAUGUCUUCUAUUUCCAUCUUUCCCCACAGGCCCGGUCCAAUAUAUAUGUAACAUGUAUGUUUAUGCUCCCAGUUCUGGCUGGCAGUUAUGGGGUCUGUAAUCAUGGUAUGAUGCUAGUUGUAGACAACCUGGAACAAUACUGCUAUCCUGGAAAUUAUGGGGGAAAUGAACUAAGUAAAUAAUAAAGCUUGCCAUUUUCAUAUCUUUUA